CUUCGCCGUUUGUCGCCGCUGCUGCAGUAGUGCGACCGCGCAUCGUAGCUGCUAGCCCGCACCCCCAGCACCUCAAACAAGCCCUCCACAAUCUGGCAGACUCCCGUACAAUCGCGUAUCGUUGGAUUCUGUCCCCGCCGUUCAAAUGCAAGCCAUCAAGUGCGUUGUGGUCGGCGAUGGUGCCGUGGGUAAGACAUGUCUGCUCAUCAGUUACACCACCAAUGCCUUCCCUGGAGAGUACAUUCCCACAGUGUUUGAUAACUACUCUGCCAAUGUUAUGGUGGAUGGUAAACCCGUCAACCUGGGUUUGUGGGACACUGCAGGACAGGAGGACUACGACCGUCUCCGACCCCUCUCCUAUCCUCAAACGGAUGUAUUUUUGAUCUGCUUUUCGUUGGUGAGCCCUGCCUCAUUUGAAAAUGUUAGAGCCAAGUGGUACCCUGAAGUUCGUCACCACUGUCCCAACACUCCGAUCAUUCUGGUGGGCACCAAACUGGAUCUCCGUGAUGAUAAGGACACCAUCGAACGCCUUAGGGACAAGAAGCUAGCUCCCAUCACUUACCCCCAGGGGCUGGCGAUGGCCAGAGAGAUUGGUGCAGUGAAGUAUUUGGAGUGUUCUGCUCUGACCCAGAGGGGACUUAAGACUGUGUUUGACGAGGCGAUCCGUGCUGUUCUGUGCCCACCGCCUGUCAAGAAACGAGGCAAGAAAUGCACUGUGUUCUGAGGACCCUGUAAAAGAGCACGUCUGUUGGUAUGACCCCACUUACACAGGGUGGAACGAUUCCUCCACCACCACAUACAGUAAUCAUAAGAGUUGCUAUUGGCUGUUUGGGGCAAAAAUGGAAACAUGCAAGAGGUGAAACUCCAUAUACUCUGGAGAUCUAGACUAGUGUGGUCAAGGGGAUAUAAAAAAGGCACAACAAUCAUGCCAAUCAACUUCUCUCCACUUAUUUUUGAACUUUGCCUUAAUUGGUGUUUAACUGGUGGUACUAAAGAAAAUAUGAAUAUAUAUAUAUAGAACUGUCCCCAUUUUGUAAUUAAUUUCUUCUAUUAAGAUUUUUCUCAUAACUAACAAUUUGGCCAUUGUGGAAAUGUGGGCUUUGAUCGUCCCGCUGGUCUUUCUUCUUCUUUUUGGAAUUAUGAAUGUGGAUUUAUGAAGCCAAUGUAAAUAUAUUGUGAAUAGCUCCUGAGAAUCCAAUAUGAAAGCAGUUUCUGAGGUACCCAGCUCUCUGUCCAACAGAAUCAAUAGUCUUUCUUGACAGUUGACAGUAAAGGACAAUUUAAAAUGUUUUCCUUCCAAAAUCUUUUCUGUGUUGUGUGACUACUGUAUGUAACUUUUUACAGCACAAGGAGAUACAUUUGCGUAAAAUAAAAAUGAGAGUGAUUACUGAAAUGUGUAUAAAGUAUGUUGAUGUCUGUCUGUUAUGGUUAGACAAGCUCCUGGGAACACUAAACUCCUUGGCCAAUGGGAUAUUGUAUUUAAAAAAAAAAAAAAAAAAAGUUGUUACAUUACAGUAUUGUAUGCAUAUCUAAAUAAUGGCAGAAUGUUUUGUAAACCAGAGCUUUUCUGAACUCUUCCAUCCUUUUUAAUUUUGUUAAUAUUUUACAGUAUACUAGUUGAAAUGUGCCAUUGUGAAUUGUUUUGUGGGGCUAGCAUGCCAAAUGUUCUCACUUUACAUAAGGCAUUCUUUUGGACAUGUCUAACAUUAUUUUCAUUUAAAUGCCUUUGGUUAUACAGAGACUUAAGAUUUGUGUUUGUGUGCGGAUGUGUGAAUGUGUAAGAGAAGAAAAUGGUUGUAGAACUGAACAAUAUACUGUUUGUGUUUUGGUGUUGACAUGACUGAAAUCAGUGGUUUUCCACCAUAACCUUGCAGCUGGCUGAUGUAUGUAGAAUGACAUCCAACACCCACUUGAAUUGUUACCACAAUUAAACUUCUUGUGUGUAUGGUAUGAUUUUAAAAAAUAUGCAUUAAUAAAAUCUCUUUGAAUGUA